UGGAUUAUAUCCCUUUGUAGAAAAUCUGGUCAAAAUUUGUGGACUGGUUCAAAAGUUGCUGACACUUUGGGGUGGUGGGUUGUUGAAAAGAAAACUGCACUGUACGUACCCACCCCACUACGCCAUAAUCACUCUGCCUCGUCAAAAGGAGCUGUGUUGGCGGCAUUUGGUGAUGCUUAUCUGAUCAAAAGUUUGUCCAAGAGAUUUAGAUGAAAAAAAUUUCUUCACAGUACAAGUAUGGUUAUCUUAUUUUAAUGGGGCAAUGCAAGCAGAGUCAACGGCAUGUCAUGUUCUUCUGAUAGACUUCCAAGCCUUUCUUAAUUAUGCAACCGUCCAAGCCCAUAUUUGUUCAUCACUUCGAACUUCAAACUAAAAUAAUUAUUCUCAGAAAAACCCCAUUUCUUCCUCUUUACUUCUUCAGAAAUAUGGGUCCCACAGCCCACUCCAGUCCCAAAUCCCAAAUCCCAACUAACCUCAAUAAAAGGAGGCCAACCACCCAUCUAGUCUCACACAACCUCACAUUUGUGUACUCUGUUGUCUAGGGUUCUGCAGAGAUGGCUCUUCAGGGAAGAGGCAAUGCAAUGAUGGCCACAGUGCUUUUAUGUGUUCUUCUUCUCCACUUUGACAUGGCUCAGGCAGCAACCUACACUGUUGGAGGAUCUGGUGGCUGGAGCUUCAAUGUUGGUGGCUGGACUAAAGGAAAGCGCUUCAAGGCUGGUGACAUACUCAUAUUCAACUACAGCCCUUCAAUACAUGACGUGGUAGCUGUUAGCAAGGCAGGAUACGACACAUGCACAACGCCAAAAGGUGCCAAAGUGUACAAGUCAGGGAAGGAUCAGAUCAAGUUGGUGAAGGGCAAGAACUACUUCAUCUGCAGCUUUUCCGGCCACUGUCAAGGCGGAAUGAAAGUAGCAAUCACUGCUGUUUGAUGUGUGACAGGGCCAUAUGCAAUGUUGCCUAAGUGUUAAGUGUUAGAUUUGGAGGGUACUGCCUGUUUGUUAGCUUUGCUUUGUAUGAACAGACAGCUUGUGGCCCUCUAGAAUAAGAGGAAGAACCUUAGGUAAAGUGAUUAAUGUCUGUGUCGGUUUGUUUGUUUGUUUGUUUGUUUGUUUGUUUCUCUUUUUCGUUAGGUCUGUGCUACUACUUGAAUAAAAACAGCUUUUUUAA